CACUUCUGCUCGCAAGUUUCCAGUUGAUCUCUUCAUUCUGCACCCGAUUCUUUCUGCGCGAUAAUUUUCAAAAAUGUCAGGCACAGCAGCUACCGGGCAAGAACUGCGCCUGGGAACCCGCAACUCCCGACUGGCACUCGUCCAAGCGGAGCGCGUCUCCAAAGAACUAGCCCAUGCCCAUCCGGCCUUCCAAUUCCCCUGGCAAACCGUGGUGGUCCGUGGCGAUGCGGACAAGACCAGCCCGUUUCUGAAGUUUGCGGGGCCAUCCGACGCCGCAAAGAACAUCUGGACCGAGGAGAUGGAAGCCAAGCUUUGCGCCGGGGAAUUGGAUCUCCUUGUGCAUUGCCUCAAGGAUAUGCCCACGCGCCUCCCCGACACCUGUACGCUCGGCGCCAUUGUGCAUCGGGAAGAUCCCACAGAUGCAUUGGUGAUCAAGGAGGGGCUGCGGUCGCAGUAUACGGAUCUGGCGCAAUUGCCCCGCGGAUCGGUGGUGGGGACCAGUUCCACUCGCCGGAAGGCCCUCUUGCGGUACCGCUAUCCUCACUUGAAGAUUGAGGAAUGCCGGGGGAAUCUUGAUACCCGUCUCCGCAAGCUAGACGACCCAGAAGGCCCCUUCUCCGCCAUCAUCCUCGCCACGGCCGGUAUGGUCCGCAUCAACCUGCAUGAUCGCAUCACGAAACGCCUGCCGCCAUCCGAGUUCCCUUAUGCCGUCGGCCAAGGCGCCCUGGGCAUUGAAAUCCGCAAAGAGGACACCCAAACCGAGACCAUGAUCCGCCAAAUCGAAGACCUGCCCACCCGACGAAUCUGUCUGGCCGAGCGCUCCCUCCUCCGCACUCUCCAGGGUGGCUGCUCCUCGCCCGUCGCGGUCCACUGUACCGUCGAGCAAUCAUCACCCUCCUCCCCCGCUCAAUUACGCCUCGACGGCACCAUCAUUCAUCCCCAUGGCACCACGCUGCUCUGGGAAUCGGCGACGUCGGAAUUCAGGACCGACGAGGAAGCCGAAGCGCUGGGUGCGACGGUCGCUCAGCGCUUGCUGGAGAACGGCGGACAAGCCUUAUUGGAGGAAAUUCGUCAGCUGCAGCAGGAGCAGAAGACGGCAAAUGUAUAAUAGAUACCAUCUAAACAUAGAAUCCCCACUCUGACACUCCAUUU